UUGGAAGAGCAGUUGCUUUCUCAGUCGAGAGAAGUCAAAGAGAGAAGGUUGAAUAAGACUUUCUCCAGAUUUUUACCUAUUUUUCCUGCUUAUAACUGGAAAUCCUUCCCCCCAACAUUUCCCAAUUGAAAAAAGACUAUUGAAGAGAAACCCGAGAAAGGGUCACCAUUUAGUGCCCAACAGAUCCAGCACCAUGUGUAACCGAUUUGUGGGAACCUGGAAACUGGUCUCCAGUGAAAACUUCGAGGAUUACAUGAAAGCUCUGGGGGUGGGUUUAGCCACCAGAAAACUGGGAAAUUUGGCCAAACCCAGUGUGAUCAUCAGGAUGAAGGGUGAUAUUAUCACCAUCCGAACUGAGAGUACUUUUAAAACCACAGAAAUUUCCUUUAAGCUGGGUCACCAAUUUGAAGAAACCACAGCAGAUAACAGGAAAACAAAGACAAUUAUAACCUUAGACAGAGGAGCACUGAAUCAGGUUCAGAAAUGGGAUGGCAAAGAGACUACAAUAAAGAGAAAGUUGGUGGAUGGAAAAAUGGUGGUGGAAUGCAGGAUGAAAGGAGUUGUUUGCACUAGAAUCUAUGAGAAAGCAUGAGGACAUUCCAUAUCCUCUCAGAUGGAAGUCAACAUGGAAAAUCAGGCAGGAUCAAUCCUCCAAGUCUGCUGCUGCUGCUUUUUUGCUCUUCUCAUUCACAUCUAUCAGGAAAAAGACUAAACUAUGGAAAUAUAUUUAAAAGCUGGAUUGUAACUAAUUUAAACUGCCAUGGUCACCAAGAUCAAAGCAACACAUUAUGUCUAUAUCUUCAUUGCAUUUAAUCAGGAAGCACUAGUUUGGCUCAAAGAAUUUAGUAUAUCACUUAAUAUACUUGGAAAGUCUUACUCUUAUCUGUGAUCUCUGUGAUAGAUUGAAAAUGAUGCCAAUAAUCAAGUUGCAAAUUAAAUUAUAGCUGUUAAGAUCAAGCAGUUGGUUUGAAGACUAGGUACCAUUAUAGAUUCAAGUUCCUCUUAUGAAGCUUCAAAGAACAAUCUUAGUUUUCGAAUCUCAAAAAAAAGGCAGUCUAUAUUACAAAAAACAGUUUAGAUAGCAUAUAAAUGUGGUUCCAUCACAGAAUUAAAAAUAUGCAAUUUGUCUCUGGCCAUGGAGAUUGUAAGUUUUUGUCACCUAAACAAGUGAACUUUAUUGCAGUAAAUAGUUCUCCAGUACAAUGAAAUUAUAAUAUAAUUAAUAGUAUUUAAUUAAUCUGAAUUUUAGCUUCCUUGACCAACCAACUUAUGUUGGGAAACUUGAAUAAGUUCAUUAGAAUUCAGAAAGUCUUUAACAAAGAAUUAAAACCUUCCGAAAUACUGUUAUUUCAUUAUUGUGAUUGCUCUCUUUAGCAAUGGAGUCUUACAGUACCCUCCAGCCUUAGUAGUUGAUUUAGCAGCUUCUUUGGUCAAUGAACUCAUUGGCUGGUCCCCAACCUUUUCAUUUUGGAUAUCUCAAAUCUAAAGCAGGUUGGUUCUCCAGAAGAUAGACACACGUAGCCCACUCAUAGCCUUGCAACCUCUUAGAAUUCAGACCUUGUGUUUUGAGAAACCAAGUUGACCUCUUUAAUGGAGGAAUAAAAUAUACAGUCUCUUCUCCCCUCUCCAAGAUUGCUUCAGUUAAAGAUCUUAGCUGACCCUUAUAAACAGGUUCCUUGUCAUGUCUUAGUUUUAUAUGCAGAUAGGCAAUUUUUACUUUCUCAUUUAUUUUCCCCUCCAGUCCUAUUCUCUGCAAUGCAUUUCUCCUUUCUAAGCAAUAAUAGUCACUUUCAAAAGCUUGCUAUCUUGUUCUUCUUUGACCACAAAAAAGAGGAACAGAGGGCCUACCCUUGAGGCCCUAAGGGAUUAACCCCCAUAUCUAAUCAGAACUACCUAUCCAUGGAUUAAAAAAUUUUUUUUCAGAAUUCUGUGGCCGUUGUUUUCAGCUACCACUGGGACAUUAGGCCAAGAAUGUGGCGUCACUAACCUUAUUUGGUUUUAGUUUCUAUCAAAAUAAGCUCAUUAAAGGGAGAGAAUGAAAAAUGACACUGCCAUUUUCAGAGGCUGAUGGGUAAUCAUUAUUUCCUACUUUAGGAAUUCUGUUCCUUAAUAAAAUUCAUUGCUCUUUUAUGGAUUCUUUUGGCUCAUGUACUCAACAUAAAAGUCAUAGGAAAUCCUCCACUUUUUUUCCCCUUCAGAACAGGAAAAUGAAACAGCACAGAUUAUGAGGGUCAGAAAAAGUCACCGAGACAGGUGAAACAUCUUGUUCUUUAAGAAAAGAGAUUUUUUUUAGGAAGGUGGGAAUGAAGAAUGGAAGAAAGGAAGCAAGGAAGGAAAGAAAAGAGGAGGGAGAAAAAUGGCUCAAUUUCAGCAAAAAUAUCCAUACAUGCAUGUGCACACACACACAUACAAAAGAGACAUUUAGAUAUUUGUUCACUAUAGAUAUAAAACAGGAGAAAAAGAAAUUGAAAAUAACAUGUUCUAGGAUGAUUUUUUAGUAAAAAUUUCACAAAUGUUAUUGAAAUUUGAAUUUUCCUCUGACAUCUUUACUUUAAACUCCCUAAUGUCCAGUGGUGACCAUGAUGACAAAGAUAAUAACUUUUGGCAUACUUAAUUUCAUUCGAUCUAUAUAAGAACCUGUGAAAUUCUGGAAUUAUUAUUUUUCCAUUUUAAAUAUAGGGAAGAUUUGAAGAGUUUAAGUGGAUUGCCCACAUCAAAACAACUAGUAAGGAGUGUACUCAGGAUUAGAACCCAGUUUUAAGUCUAAGUUCUAAGUCUAAGAAUUUGUUUCAUUAAUUGAAGCCAAUCGUCUGAUCAGAACUCAGACUGAGGAACAAGUCCCAAGAUCUCAGCACUGAUAACUUCUAAAAAGUAGAGAUCAGGAUAAUAAUGACAGCUAUCAUUUACACUCUAGAGAGUUUUAAGGUUUGCAAAGUACAUUACAUAUAAUCCUCAUCAUAAGUCUUAUGAAGUAGAUGCUAUUAAGCCCAUUCACCAGAUAAGGAAAACUGGGGCUGAGAGAGAUGGAUGAACUAUGGAGGAAUUCUACCUACAAAAGAUCAAAGUAAGGAUUCAAUCCAAAGUCACUCCUAAAUCUGCUUUCAGUAUUCUUCACAUUGUAAUCCAACUGUCCUUCCAAGAUAAGAAGAAAAGAUGUCACAAGAACACAGCUAUUAAAAACAGCUAACAUUUAUACAGCACUUUAAAUUUUGCAAAAACAACAACAAACCUUUUCAUAGAUUAUCUCAUUUGAUUCUCUCAACAACCAGUUGAGAAUUAUCUCCAUUUUACAGAUUAGGAAACCGAGUCUGAGAGAGAUAAUUUGACUUGUUCAGAGCCUCAUAGCUAGUAAGUGUCAAAAGAGGAAUUUCAACCAAGUUUUGUCUGACUCUGAGUCCACUGAUCUAUCCACUCUGCCAAACUGCCUCCUAGAAACAUAGUUUUAGACCUGGAAGGAUCUUUGGAGAAUAUCUAGUCUAACUCCCAUGUUAUGGAUAGAGAAACUUGAAACCCAAGGAGGUUAAGUGACCUUUCCAAGAUAAGUCAAGUAAAAGCAUCACAAGAAGGAUUUUAGACUUGUGCUGGAUAGUCUAAAACUUUAAUUCUAGAGUUUAUUUAUUUAACAGCCAGCCAUCGCUGUUAUCAUAACAGCCAUCCUAAUUUUCCCUUGUUAUGUUGCUAAUCACAGAAUUUUAUAGCUGGAUACUGAAUGAAAUGCAAAAUUUUUAGUUCUCAAAUUUCUAGGUUGGAAUUCUGGAAAUAUUUGUAAUUUGGUGAAUGUAGCACAAUUUUGCUUUAUGUGAAAUAAAUAAGUAUGGGAAUCUCAAUUUAUAGAUCAUUGCAUAAUCUAUAUCCUUUCAUUUUAUGAAUGAAGAAACUGAGGUCUAGGGAAGGACCCAAAGUUCCUAAUCUAGUUGGUGGUAUGUUAGGAAUUAGAACAAAGGUCUCAACUCCCAACCUUUUUUGCUCUCUUCAACAUGCUCUACACACCCUAAACUUUAUUAAGGAGGAUCCCACCCUUCCUUGUAAUAACUGUUGUUUUUUAUUUGAGGAUCACUUAAUUUUAUUAUUUCAAAAAGUUCUUUGCUACUAACAUGAUUAGUAUGAUUUCCUCUGGCCAGAAGCCUUCUUGCAUCAAAAAAAUUGUGAUGAGGGUCAUGAUCAGUGUCAUUUUCUUCCUUGUGGUCAACUAAUGAGAGGUCAUCUGAGUAAAAAGGAACCGAGUGUUCUUGUCCUGAAAUCAAAUGUCAGUGCCACCAGAAGCACCUAGCCCUAGCCAGGAGCAGAGAUGCAAUCAGGGCUCUGUUAGGGAAGUAGCUCAUUACUACAUAUCCUUACUGUUUCUAUGACAGGCAUCAAAAUUGGCUGCUAGCCAUAGCCCAACAGAUGGGGAAAUGAGGUUUUAAAAAUAACAAAAUGUAGACUAAUAGGGAAAAUGAAAUUCAAAAAUAUAAAUUCUACCAAAGCCAGGCCUACCAUAAAUUAUACUAAUGUUGGAUUUGGAAAAUCAAAUAAAAUAGUUUUGUAAUUUUAGGAUAAGACUCAUAUUCGGGUGUCUCUUUCCCAUACUGUUCAUUUUAAAAACUAAACAAACAAAAAUGUACUUACGAGAGAGAAUGACUUAGAAAAUCAGCCCUGAAAUACAAAAUUUUCAGUUCUUAAAUUUCUAGUUUGGAAUUCUGGAAAUAUUUAUAAUUUGGUGAAUGUGGCACAAUUUUGCUUUAUGUGAAGUGACUAGGGAUGGGAAUCUCAACUUGGGGUACACAUACAAUUAGAAGGAAAUAAAAGUUUGUCAGGAAACUAUGGACAAGUUUGUCAGGCCAACUAUGGGCGAUUAAAAACAAAAACUAUAUUGUUGGGGGCAGCUGGGUAGCUCAAUGGAUUGAGAACUAGGCCUAGAUAUGGGAGGUACUAAGUUCAAAUCUGGCCUCUGUGGAAAGGAAACUAGAAAUAAGUUCUGAACAUUCUGUCACUGUGUUGAAAUAAGCAACAGUGGGAAUAUCAAGAGAGAAGAAAUUGUCAAGACUGACAGUUGGUGGGGGAAGGUGCAAAUGGGAGUGGCAGUUGGGUCUUAUGACUAGCACUUCCUGCCUGCCAGGGAGGACUUCCUUUCUGGUGUUGGAAGUGGGAGGAGGUUGUGCAUCCCAGUUUGGAGUGGAGUACCUCUACUUACUCCAGCCCGAAGAUUUAGGCCCAAUCAUCUCUGAAGAUUAGAACUGUUCUUGUUGCUUUCUGUCUACUGCUAAGAUUCUGAAAUUGACAAAACUAGUACAGAGGAUGGGAGUGGGAGAAACCCUCCACCAGCCUGUGAGGCCUGGCCUUAGCUCCAAGCUGAGGAAGACUCCAACCUUAUUUAGGGACAUCCCUCACCCCUCUUUCUUGAUACCUCUAAAAUCCAAACUGGUUAUUAAACUUUAUCUUAUUUGAAUUCU